GAUAAAAAUCAACAAGAAAUCCCAUCAUACCUUAGCAAUGAACCACUAGAAGGUUCAAUGAAAGAUCACCCACAGCAGCAGCCAGACAUGUUGUCCCGUGUGACCGGGGGUAUCUUCAGUGUUACAAAGGGAGCCGUUGGUGCCACCGUUGGUAGUAUGGCUUGGAUGGGUGGAAAAGGUCUGGAGGUGACCCAAACAGCUGUGACAACUGUGCCUUCCAUGGGACUAGGGCUGGUGAAAGGGAGUAUGUCUGCCUUGGGUGGAAGAGUUACAACUGUUGGGUCUGCUGUUCUAAACAAAGUGCCCUUACCAGGAAAGAAGAAAGACAAAUCUGACUAA